AUGGCGCAGGCACAUCGCUCCUCUGCCUACGAUGACAGGGACCGAGACGGAAGCAUGUAUGACGAUCGGUAUUCAAGAUCUCGCUCCGUUGAGCGCGGACACUACGGCGACCAUGCACCUCGAGGACCCGCUGCAAGUCAUAGACGACCCGAUUACUCGGAAGAUCGAGAUUAUAGAGCUGGUCGAGAUGACUACCGGCGAUCAUCACCCUCGCAUCGCGGUGGUGGUCGGGGAUAUAGAGACCGUGAUCGCGAAGGAUACCGUUCACCGGAAUAUGGCAACAGCCGCAGCAGAAGUCCCAGUCGCAGCCGCAGUCGUGGUCGCGGUCGUGAUCGUGACCGACAUCGUCAAAAUGUCCAGGAAAGCCGAGAAGUCAUCAUGGAAGGAUUACCGGUGGAUAUGGUUGAAGAAGACAUCUCGAAUGAAUUGUUAGAAUAUUAUCAUGUUCAAGGACUGGAAGACGUUCGAGUCAUUCGCGAUAGGCAGACAAAAAUAUCCCGGCAGAUUGGUUUUCUCCGCUUCUAUAGUUUGAACGACUCGAGGAAUUUCAUGGGACAGAACGCUCCAACUAUAUAUCUAUCUGGACGAAAUCCUGGCAAUGACGAUCACGGUGCCAAAGUUCGCAUAUCUUUUACUCGAGAGAGGGAUGACCGCCGUGGUCGGCCGGAGGGCGAGUGGACCUGCAGAAAUUGUUCGUUCGAUAAUUUUUCGACUCGUCACAAAUGCUUCCGCUGUCAGGCAGAUCGUGCCGAGGCGGAAAUGACCCCGGAUGAGUUACCUGCUCGCCCCAGCAAUAUCGGCGAUAAUGACGUAGCUCCCGACAACACUCCUUCCCAGUUCCUGUUGUUCAGAGGACUAGAUACUGCAGUUACGGAAGAAGUCUUUUCCAAGGGCGUCACGAAACUGUACAAACCCACGGUCGAUGACAAGCAAAACCCAGAAACCGCGCCGAAAAAAGCCAAAGUCGCUUCCACAACUGGCGAUUCUAAUCUCGGUGCACGGGAAGGUUCUUUACGGCGUGUACUACUCGUCCGUGACCGCCGUAGUAAUGAAAGCUGGAAAUUCGGUUUUGCAGAGUUUGCCACUAUCGAGGAUGCGCAAGCUGCUUUGGCAAAGCUGAACUCAUUUGAAAAGUUUACUAUCGCCUCGAAACCGGUCUUGGCCAGCUAUAUCCACGCUGGGGUCUUCGUACCGGUCCUUAAUCCGACGCCUAGUACAGCGAGGUUCACAUUCUGCCCUCUGAAUAAUCCGGCAAUGAAACUUGCAUACUGGGACGAAGAUGGCUAUGUUACGGAGCUGGUAGUCUCCACCGAGGAUCUCGAUAAAAAGCCAAAGACAGACUCAAAGGCUCCGAAAGAAAGUGACAAGGCAAGGAAGAGGAAAGCAGAAGCAUCCAGCUCUGUUGGCGUGAAGAAGAUGGCUGUACCUUCCCAUCUCCAAUUCUGGUCCAACCGGCAUGCCGAGCUACAUGGUAUUCAAAAGAAGGACGAUGAGGGCCAGGAAGCCGGCAAAGAAUCAGAAAAGGAAUCUGCGGCCGUUACUGCAGCACCCCCUAGUCGAUCUUAUGCCGACUUGAACCGUAACUGCUGCUACUUGUGCAUGCGCCAAUUCAAGUCAUCGGCAGAAGUCAACCGGCACGAACGAUUGAGUCAGUUACAUCGCGACAAUCUCAACAAAGAGGAGCUAGUUACAAAGGCCUUGGCGAAACUGGAAAAACAUAAAGACGAUCAGCCUACUACGGAAUACCGAGACCGAGCUAAAGAGCGCCGCCAAGCCUUCGGAAGCACUCGACAGACUCAGGCUAAAGUCAAACCUGCUGCUCCUGCGAAACGCGACGAUGAAGAGCCUGCGGUUGUACCGGCGCCGUCCAAAGGUGCGGCUCUAUUGAGCAAAAUGGGUUGGUCUGAGGGGUCUGGCCUGGGUGCGCAGGGAACCGGUAUGACGGCUCCAAUUGCUACUGAUGUAUAUGCUCAGGGUGUUGGACUUGGCGCGCAAGGAAGCAAACUUGGCGAGGCGUCGGAGGAAGCCGCUCGGAAUACUCGUGGCCGUUAUGAUGAAUUUCUGGAAAAGACGAAAGAUUUGGCCAGAGAGAGGUAUGAGCGAAUGCCUUGA